UAUUAUUGUCUUGAAAUAAUUUUUUUUUAAUACACAAACACUUCAAGUUAAUUAUCCAAUUAUCCAUGAAACUAUUAUAGCCAAUAUAACAAAAUUAUAAAUACUUUUACUUAUUAUCAUAUAUUAUUCAAGAAUCUAUUACUUCUUACGUGUAAAUCUUUAUGUAAACUGAAUACUACGUGAUUGGUUGACUCAAUGAACCAAGGCCCAAUGAAACGAGGCCCCGCCCCUUUUGUCUCGGUGAAAAGGGUAUAUAAAGAUCCAAAUUUUUGGAAAAAUUAUCAAUCCUGAAUUUGCAUCCACGAGAGCAACAUGGAAUUUUUCAAGAGCUUCCUACGAACUAUUGGCAUAUUGGAGCCUACUAAAGUGGAUUUCAUUUCUGAAUUGCCUCUGGAAUUAUCGCAGAUAAUUCUUCGCAAUUUGGAUGAGGAGUCUUUGCUGUGCGUUGCUCGAGUAUCGCGAAAAUGGUUGCAAAUCUGCAAAUUCGAUAAAAUUUUAAAACAAACUGCAAGGCUCCAUAAACGACAAAUCAGAAGGAAAAUGAGGGAACAAAUUUUGGGACGAGAUUCACCGUCAAGGAUUGAAUCGUUAAGAAGAAUACAAGAAUUGAGAAGAGAUAGAAAUAGAGUAGCAAGUAUAAGGUUAGAAACGGCGGUAGUCUUUGGUAAUAGAACUAGGAUCCCACCACCAAGAAAUAUAAAAGUAAGUAAUUGCUCAACUAGAAAAUCUCGUAAUAAAUGUAUUAGAAUAUGAAUAUAUUAAUUUAGAUUAGGUUAAGUUGUGUAUUAUAAAUUUAAGUUUAUAUUUAUAAUUUUCUGAAGUGUUUAAAUAAAAUUUCUAGUUAAGUUAAUUUUUAAGAAUUAAAUGUGAUUUUGACAUCUUAGCGUUAAGAAAAAUAAAUAUUUGUAUUAGAAUAACAUAUUAUAAAUUAUAGUAUUUAUUGACUGUAUGCAAUGCAUGAUAUGAAUAAUGUUUUUAACUUAAUUAGGAAUCUAAGAAUUCACUUUAAUUGUAAA